AUGUGGAUAGAACUAGAACGUAUCAGGGCUCGAACACCAAACCUAUUAACAGAGAUAAUUCUCAGAGUAACGCUUAUUUUUUUCGUUUGUGUUCUACAAAUUAAAGUGAAGCCACAUGUACACCACAUAACCGAAUCGGAACUUACUAACUAUAUGAGACCUAGAAGAGACUCUUACGUGCCGCCUUGGGCCAUGGUUAUCAUUAUAGUUUUAGUUCCUCUAAUGAUUUUGUCCUUGUCCUACAUUCUGACAGGAAAGUAUGAAGAUACUGUGCAAUCAUUGUUGGCCUGGACUUUAGCUCUUACAAUAAACGCUUUUAUUACGGAGGUGACAAAACUUAUAGUAGGUCGACCACGACCCGAUUAUUUCUACCGUUGUUUUCCAACCGGCAUAAAGAGUUUCAGAAAUCCAAACAUAAAGGACGUUAUGGAAGGCCGGAAAUCGUUCCCUAGUGGUCACAGCAGUUUUGCUUUCUGCUCUAUGGGUUAUUUGAGUAUAUGGUUAUGCGGAAGACUGCGAGUGCUGUCUUGGAAUCGUGGAGAUGUAAUAAGAAUAACUGCUUGUCUGAUACCACUUGUGUUGGCAUCUCUGGUAGCCAUAAGCCGGAUCUGCGACCACCAUCAUCACUGGGAGGACAUUACCGUCGGUUCAGUGUUGGGAUUCGUCUCAUCCUACUUUUGUUAUAGACAAUACUACCAUCCCUUAGAUUCCACGUUGUCUGGCUACCCGUAUCUAGCUACAUCAAGGGAAUCACUGGUACCUCUAAAUCUACAAGAAUCCUCAGAUGAUGACGAUCAAUAUCCUUUUGAUUCAAGUUUCACUAAAUUUCAUAUCAUAGAUGACAAAAAAUACACUUAA